AGUGUGGCUCGUGUGAACCAAUGUGUGAGACCUGAUUGUACGACCAUGGCAAGAGCUGCUGUGACUAAACUUCUCCUUCUGGUUUUCCUCGCCUUCAUCAUCUGCCUGCCAGAGUUAUUCAGGAUAUACUCAGUUUCAAAGGUGAAUUUCCACUGCCUUCCCCACCGACCUUACGAACCGAUGCAUGAGGAACGGAAAGGGGGAAAUGUGCAGCCAAUAAAGGGUAAAGAUAAAAGAAAGGCCAUCUGUAAUCCUACUUCAAGUCCAGAACUUGAACAGUUGGAGCAGAUCUGCACACAAGAGGCAAAAAGAAACGCAGCAGGUUUACAUUCUGAAACGCAAAAAGUCCAAGGAGAUUCAAGGUCAGACUUGUUCAUGUGUGAAACAGACAAGAACAUGGAGGAACUUCACAGCAACCUCUCAUCACCAGUUCUGGUGGUACUUCUGGAGGUGUCAGUGGUCUUCCAAGUGAACGACACCGAGGCCGUGAAUCAUACUUUGUUUGGCUACAGCGGUCAGAGGUCCCUGUACCUCCAACCACCUGAAGAGGAGGACAAAGCAAACCAGGAACAGGCUUUCUACUGCUGUCUUCCUCUCAUUCAAUCAUCCAACUCGGCCAAUCAAAGCCGCUGCCUCCUUUGGCUCACCAAUCAAACUGUUUUGACAGGAACAGAAACAGAAAGGCUGUCAUGGAAACAGGCAGAUAGAGGAUGGUGCAGCUACAGGUGGAUCUUUCUGGUUCUGCUGUGUGUGGUGUUCCUGAUUGUUGUCACAACUGUGUUUGGAAAAAUCUAUCUGGGGACACGCUUAAACAAUAAAACUAUUGUGCAUCACAUUGAGUACCAGCCUCCCAAUCGGCAGUUAAAAGAAACAGCGUACCAUUUAAAUCGACGUCAGUCUUGGCCUGAAACAACGUACCGUUUGAAUCGGCUCAGGUCUUGGACUGGACUUUCGCCCAUAAUAGAAAUUGAAAGCAGAGAGAACAUCGAAACUUUGCUGAAUGGAAAUCCCCUUAGCUGCUAUACAGAAAACCCUUCAUCAUCGCCGUCAUCCUCCUACCUCCUCCCUCACAGAAGAACAACAGUGGUGACAGACGCGCAAUAAAAGGAGCACAGAAAUUGUCUUAAGGCAAGAAAACAAAGAGACUCCAUCACCUCAAGGCCUGUUUUGUAGACAUACAGCAUGCAAAGAUCACUGUUUGUUAUUAAAACCUCCCCAGUGAAGUUUGAUGGAUUUUACAAGUCAUUCUUUGGACAUGUUAAUGGAUAAGAGACACUUGGAGUACAGAUGUUGUUGCUUCAGAUUCACCAUCUGAAAGAGGACCAGCUUUCAGCUGAUAUACUGCUUCACCAAAAAGACUUCUUAAAGCCCUUCAUCCCACUCAGGCUGUUUAUGCCUGUUUGAAGCUAUCUGCAAGUUUUUCAGAGGUAAUCAAAGGACUCAAAUGUCAAACAACAGAAAAGAACAAAUCUUAAAUCCCCUGCUAAAUUAGAAACCAUUCUGCUUUAGCAUGAUCCCUGUUCUUAGUUGAUUCUGAGAAAAUACAGAAAUUCAUUGUCCAGGUUAGCCUGAACUCUGAUAUAUGAAAGAUACAUUCUCUACUCUUUUCCUUUCUGUCUCUUUUCAAGUUGUUUUAGUCAGUAAAAGUCCAGGAUGAGCCACCGUACAUUCAUAAAACCAGUCAAUGAUGAAACGUAUAGCUUCAUUUGUUACCAUUUCUCCAUCACCAAAAGCUAAAAUGGACAAAUUUUGUGUAAGAAUUAAAAUUAAACUGCUAGUUUAGCUUCCACAAUAUUUAUCUAUUUUUGCUCGUCAUAGUAGCAGUUUCUCAUUUCUUAUCCUUGUGGACGUGCAUUAAUUUCUUCUGUACAAUUCUCUGCUGUUUUAUAACAUUACUUGCUUUUGUAAUGUCUAUACUUUUGAAAGCUGAAUAACAAUUCCACGAAAAACGUAACAGUCUUCAUUUCAUUUCUUGAGUCAGUAGAGACAAAAAUGUCGAAGAAGUAGUCAAAAUGCAUUUGUUUCUUGCAUUUCUUUACCACAUCCUGAAAAUGUCUCCAAAACUGAACAGUUUCUCUCAGGUGAACCUCAGCUAUCGCUCUUGAUAUUGUUUAAAGUAGUGCACAGAUUUGUACUUAUUGUUUUGAGAAAUGCAAUAACUUGUGCAAAUGUUAAUAAUGUUACAGAAAUAGCAACUGAUCUAUUUUUCAUCCAUUAAAGCAUUUUUCAUCAAUAAA